AUGGAAAAGUACACGGAAUCACCACCUACCUUACAGGUUGAGCCUUCCUUUCCUCAGGCAGAGAAUCUGACUCUACGGCCGCAAGUGCAGCAUUCAACCAAGGAAAGCCCUGCUCUGAGAGGCCAAGUCAUGCCUGCCUUGGCUACCCCAGGGAUAAAUGUACCCUGCUCACUGGAGCAUCUCACCCAGUUCCAUGGUGACCCUGCCAGUCUCUCAGGGUUUCUUGCUCAGGUGACUACCUACUUGACAGCUCUACAGAUCUCCAAUCAUUCAGAUGAUGCCCAGGCCAAGCUCUUUUUUGACUACCUGUCUCAGCAAUUAGGAAGUUGUGGGGUCAUGUCUGGGCCUGACCAAGGCACUUUGCUGAAGCAAUAUGAGAACUUUGUUCUUGAGUUCCAGAGAUCAUUUGGUGACUCCACAAAACAAGAAAUGAACCCUCUGAUGAAUACUAAAGUUGACAAAGGGAAUAACUCCUUUCAACAGGACACGACUACUUUCCAGCUUUUUGCUCAAAAUCUAAGCUCUCAUGAAACCAAUCAGAGUGGUCAGUUCCAAGAGGGACUAGCUGAUCCCAUCCAGCAUGAAAAGGAUAUCACAGAUAUGAUGGACAACCUCCCAGACCUGAUCACUCAGUGCAUUCAAUUGGACAAGAAACAUAGUAACAGACCAGAGCUCUUACAGUCAGGGAACCAGCUCUCAGUGCGGGAUCCCCUGAUCCACCACCAAGCCCUCUCCAGCUCCAUAGGUCUGCCACCUAAAGAAGAGCCUAUACAGCAACGAAGUCAGCCACCUCUCACCCCAGCCAAACGAGCCCGCCAACAAGAAAUUCAGUUGUGCCUCUACUGCAGCCAGUCAGGUCACUUUACAAGAGAUUGCCUUGCCAAACGUUCUCGAACCCCAACAAGAACAAAUAACACAACCCACCAGUAA